GUGAGCGCUUACUACGACAUUAGGAGGAAUAAAGAGUCGUACUGUUAGCGUCUCCCUGCGUACUGUUUGAUGUACGCAGCAUUAUACGUGGGGUAACGUCUUGUUGUCCGUCAUAUAUUCUCCACUGCACGCUGCGUCCACCUGAGUGGUUCCUGAAUAUCUGUCACUGGAAGCGCGCUUAUAUUUUGCCUUCGCUAAAAUGGCGCCAGGAAGAUCCUAAGGGCGGGGCUUAGAGAGCGUCACAUCUAGUGUUUUGAAAUGUUCUAUGCAGUGAAGCGCUCAGCCUCGAUGCUAAUGACGUCACGACAUUCCUGGCGUCGUUCCUUUACCUCCUCUAGGCCUUCUCUUGACGUCAUCUCGUGAGCACGUGAUCGCCCUCGCUGCCCUCCCGCGCUCGGAGUGUUCUAGACUUCGUUACGCGGCUGAUGAGUCACUAGAGGCUGCAGGAGAUGGCGCCCCCUGCAGCUGACAUGCAAAAAAUGAACGCUGCAGCACCUCCUCCGGAAAAUGGGCAGUAUUCUACAUCCCAACAGAGACCCUUCUUUUAUGCACAGCCAACAGCACAACUACCUUUCCCAAAUCCUUGGUAUUUAAGCCAACUGUACAAUCCAUACUGCAUCCCUGGACCAAGUUACAGAGGAGGGAAUCCUUAUUUCCCCUACUACUCUGUUGCACUUCAUGAGUACCCUGGGUUUUAUGUUCCCCAGCAACAAAUGAAUGUCAGAAUGAGUAGAAGACCUCAUUUUAAUCCGCAUCCACCCUCCCCUAUGUUUUACCAUGCCACACGAUUUAGGCAUUACAGCAGUCCAGGAAGAAGAACAGAAACUAAAGAAACUCAAACAGACCCAAAACAGCCAGAAUAUGCAACCAAAAAGCACUUGGGUACAGACAGUAAAGACACUGAUGUGGUAAACUUGGUAUCCCAUUCCUCUGGUAUUAGCACAGAGAAUGAAAAUAACUUGGAGAAUGUUGAAAUGACAAUCUUGCCAGCUCCUGUAAUGCCAGAAAGGGACUUUCACAAAAAUUCUUGCAGUCAAUCACAGUACCGCAACAUGCCUCCGGGAAGUUAUGCAUAUGAGAAAGAGGAGGUAAGAAUAGAGUAUGGAAGUGGUUCCCCUGCUGCCAUACAGAUGUGGAAGUCUUAUAAAGAAACCAUUCCAAUAUAUGAUGUGGCAGUUGUUAAAGACAUACCAGAAAAUGUAGUACAGCGUGAUCUAUUUUGUGAGGGUGUACUAUAUGGCCCUCAAGCAGAAGGAGAAGAGAUUGCAGUACAGAGUGUGUCUUUCUCAAACAAAGAGGAGAAUAAGCAAUCUCCAUCUCCUAAACUCUUAAGUCUAGAUGGUGUGCAAGAAUCAGAAACUCAGACCCUUCUUACACAGUCAAGGGAGUUGAGUAAGCAAGGCAAACAGAAUAUGAAAGUAAAGACCUCUCUGGAGGUUGAACCGAAGUCCGUUUUAGUGGAACAUGUGGAAUUGGUCCAUCCGACUUAUGAUGUCCAGCAAGCUGAUGACCAAGAAGACUCAGGAGGAAAUGAUACGGACAAUGAAGAACAGUUAAUUGGUCCACAUAGAUGUCCUGAGAAACUAGUUUCAAACCAGUCUGUAUGUAAUGGUGAGGUUAAGGUAGCAAACUCCAGUGUAUGGGCUGAAGACUCACUACAGAAGUUUAUUCCUUCACCAACAUGGCUGGCUUGUUUCGAUAAUGUAGAAACAAACUAUGAUUAUGACUUGUAUAUGUCUCAGAGAAAACAAAAGCGACCAAGUAUAUUAAGCAUAACUUCCGAGGAGCUUUCAUCCAAGGAUGAAGGGUCGUCCAUGGAUAGUGCCUCAGUUUAUUUUGUCCCGGAUUAUAUGCUUAGAAAAGGUUUGUAUGCUUUCCGAAAACAUGCAGAGAGUACUGAAAGGGAGAAAAUUCAAAGCAGUGGCUCUCUAAAAGAGGAUGAUGUGCCACUGAAGCAUGCCAGCAGUCAAUAUGAGAAGAGCUAUGGCUCUUCUGGAUUAAAGGUUAGAGAUGUUUCAAGCAGACACCGCAAAAUUGGUGUGCCUGUAAGAGACUUGAGCAAAAGAAAAUUAUAUUCCGUAAAGAAGAAACCAAGGAAGAGUCAAUCCUUGUCUGAACCUGAGGAUUCUGAGGAAUAUUGGGUAUUGGAGGAGGAGAAUUUGCAUGAUAAUGACGAUGAUCAGAGUGAUGAUGAAUACUUUUUUCAUGAAAGCUUACCACACGAGCGACUGGAGCUCAGUAAAGGGAACUACUUCAAGCAGAUUGCUCAGAAAAGAAUUUUGUGGAAGCCUCCAAAAGGUGUAUUUCCAGCCCAGCUUGUUGGAUUUCCUGUCAAAGAGAAGCUAAGGGUAAAGAAAAAAGGAACAAGUGAGGCUUUGGGGCAGAUGCACCAACUAAAACAGAGUGAUUAUGUUACCUAUGAAAAACCUAAAGGAGGAUACAAAGAGGUGACUGAACAGAAGAAGCCUCUGCAAAAGCCAUUGGGUGGAAAAUCUCAAAAGAAAACCUCUGGGACAACUGUUGAAGAGUACUGGGUUGGACGAGGUGCUAAGCCAAAACUCUCAGAACCUACAUAUUAUCUGCAAGAUCCAGCCAAAGUCAAAGAGCAAGACAAGCCUCCAAAAAAGAAGGGAACGCUCAAGUCUUCUAAAAGAAAACAAAAUAGAACUGAUACAGAAGAAAUAGAAACGUGGGAGAUACCCAGAUCAUUUUUGUACAGAGGUCACAAGAUAAGGAAAAAUGGCACAAAGAAGUAGCACAACUGCUUAUUAUGUGUAUUUAAUAUAUUUAUUAAUGUAUUUGUGUGAAUGAGUUUUGCAUGAAACCUUUUUUACUCCAAUAAGGGAGUCCUACCUACUAGUCCACAAAUUGUUUUCUAACCUUAUGGUUUAUAAUGCACAGCAAAGGGGGAAAGAGCAUAGGAAUAUGAUUAAAGGGCACAGUAAAGAUAUAAAAUGUUAUGCUUAUAAUAAUAAUGUACUAAAAAGUUACACUUAUAUGAAAUUGAAAACACGUAUGUAAAUAGCACCGAAUUCACAAAUGUGAAACAGCAUUCAAUAAAAGCUAAUA